AUGUACCUCCUACUCCUUUUGCCAGCUCUGUUGAUUGGCGCGCUUUCAGCAGAAGAUGUAAAACCGCAGCAGAAUGCGAACCAUAUCUUUAAUGCAAUCCAUUCCUCCAUGAGACAGUUUGGUUCUUCCUUGAAUCACAAUGGGAUGUCUUUCUUUUUGGCGACCGUUCCUCGCGAGACCCGGUUGUAUCAUGGUACCAACACAGCUUCUCCUGUCCAGGGCAUGGAAUGGCUCGCUUUUGAAGCCGAACAUGCGCUCAUGUUUGCCCGUCCUCGAUUUGGUCGACCUCCAUCAAGGGGCGGCCACGGAGAUCCACAUCGAGGGCCUCCUACUUUGUCACCACAACACAAUAAUCAUGGCCAUCUACAUACCUAUCGAACGAAGAGGGACUUACAUCUGCUAUAUAUAGAUGGCAUGUCGGCCGCUAAGACUAGCAAUGGUACACUGGACUCAACUGACCACGUUCUGUUGGAUUCCUCAUUGGUUUGUUCUGGUAUAUGCGAACAUGAGCGAGCUACUAUGCUUUGCAAGUUGGCAGAAACGGAAUGGGGUAAUCGUGUGGACGGGAUCCUUCGCAUGGAAGCUGGGUUCGAGAUAAUUAUGUGUUCUUUCGAGAAGAACCUCGAUAUUGUUGCGGUGGCCCGUAUUGAUAGCCCAAAGCCAAGAAGCGGUGAUCACAGGGGGUUUGGGACCUUUCAGCUGUACAAAGCUAUCAGCGAUCGCUUCCACGGUAUCGGCGGCACACGUGUGAAGCUUGACUACGAGAACUUUGUGACGGCUUACGACUACCCCAUAGACUUGUUCCGGAACCAAGACAGUAACAUUACGAUGCCUCGUUUAAGAAACGUAUCCCAACCAAUUGUAGAUCGAAUGAGAAAGGACAUCAGGGAUAUGAUCAUGAUGUCUGAUCUGGACAGCUCGAUGGUGUCGCAUAAUUGGCAGGCUACUACCGAUAUGAUCGUUCAGAGAUAUUCAUCUCCUUUGCGAUACUUAAUUUCGGACAAAGUCGCAGCAUCGAACGAGCUUUUACGGCAUACAUUAACUCAGUACUUACGAUCUUUCAUUGACGAUGCCAACAGGGACAGGAAAGGAGAGGUCACGCGAUGUGCAGCACAUAUGUUCCCAACAGAAACGUUGCGGGACAAGCGUCUAGCCUCUCGCUCUGUGUACGACGUGAGCAAGACCAUCUGCAGUACUCUAUUUGAAGCCAGUGCACUCGCUGCGUCUAGAUCAGACGCCGGACAAAGCAAGGCUGUUGACAUAAUUCGCACGCUUGUUGAAUAUCUACAAUGGACGAGCUGGAAAGAAUGCACGACAUGUGAUGAUGAGCACCUGUGCUUCAUACCCAUCUGGCCAAUGGGCAGUAUACAAGAUCACCGGAAUCCUAGUUGUCUCAAUGAGACUAUGCUUGCAACACGACACGGAUACUGGGGUAGAUGGCAAGGUUAA